GGGGCUGCCCCAUUCAUAGGGCUUGUAGGCAGGGAAGCAAAGCGCAGGAGCGGCCAAACACCAUCAGCGACGUAGUGUGUGAGCCAAAUGAUGGUCUCUCACUGAAAAUACCAGGCCGGGUAAAAACUGCGCUAUCAUUACCAGGCGUUUCGACAUCGGAGACACUCUGUUUCUUAACCGUCCUCUCAGGAAUGGGAUUUGAAUGUCUUGACUGAAUACUGGAGGUCCUGUGCUAGACCUGCCGCGGAAAUAGACUUCCUAGCCGCCUCUGGUUCCUCACCGCUGCCGCAGACCGGCCACCCUACUCGGCUCAUUUAACCCAAUCUGUCCGUGGACCACUGGCUCUGGCAUCUGGACACAUCGGAACUGGUCUGUCGUCGUUGGAAAUACGCGAAACGUGCCUGUGUGUGCUUUUGCCGCCUGUAUGAUGCCGACACAUUUGCGGUUCCGGAGAAGGUCAUUCCUUGGGCUUUUAUUCCUUUUUUCAUUGUCCACCUCCGCAUUGUACUUCAUCUACUCCGCCCCCGGAAUCGUGAAUGAGUAUGUGUUCAUGGUCCAAGCCAGAGGGAUCCAGAUCAGAGAGAACGUGAAGAACAUUGGGGCUCAAGUUCUGGAGCAGGUGGUGAGAGGGGCUUACAACAUCAAUGGCACAGAUUAUUCAUACGACUUCAACGUGAGCGAGAGCGAUGCUCCUCCCACCACAUUCCUCCCUGAGGACUUCACCUACCUCCCCUCACAGGUCUGCCCUGAGAGGCUGCCCUCCAUGAAGGGAAGGUUGGAGGUGAAUAUGAGUGAGGUGUCUCUGGAGGAAGUGGAGAGAUCCUUGCUGAAAGGAGACUCUAGCAUGGCCUCGGGAGGCUACUGGAAGCCUAAAGACUGUCUACCUCGCUGGAAGGUGGCAAUUCUAGUUCCAUUCAGGAACCGACAUGAACAUUUACCCAUUCUCCUGCGGCAUCUGGUACCAGUGCUGCAGAAACAGAGACUCCAGUUUGCCUUUUAUGUCAUAGAGCAGGGAGGUAUGGAGCCGUUUAAUAGAGCCAUGUUGUUCAACGUGGGCUACAAAGAGGCCAUGAAGGACCUGGACUGGGACUGUCUGAUCUUCCAUGACGUGGACCACCUCAUGGAGAAUGACAGGAACUACUAUGGCUGCACAGACAUGCCCCGACACUUCGCAGUCAAACUUGACAAAUACUCCUACAUGCUUCCAUAUAAUGAGUUCUUUGGUGGAGUCAGUGGCCUGACGGUGAAGCAGUUCAAAAAGAUUAAUGGAUUUCCUAAUGCAUUCUGGGGCUGGGGAGGAGAGGACGACGACCUCUGGAACAGGGUGCAGUUCGCAAACUACACAGUAAGCAGACCACACGGAGAGCAGGGACGCUACAUGUCAAUCCCACAUCAUCAUCGCGGGGAAGUCCAGUUCCUCGGGAGGUAUAGUCUACUACGCCACUCAAAGGAGAGACAAAAAGUGGAUGGUCUUAAUAACUUAAACUACUCCCCCCUAGUGUCCAGGAGGCCUCUUUACACCAACGUCACGGUCAGCUUGAGCAGAAAGCUUGCACCUGUAGCUGACUACUGAUGUAGGCACAGCUGGACUUAAAAAAAACACCUGGGAAUCAAAGUCCUCUGGGACAUCAGCCAUAUCUCACCAGUUGCAGCACUGCUUUGGACUUUUAAGUUGAUUGAUUCUUUGCUUUGCUUCUUUUGUUUGUAUGCAAAAAAAGGAGACUCAAAAAAGAAGGACGUCAGAUAAAACAUAAAAAGAAAUUAAGGAUAAAUGCUGCACUUGCUUGUGCCACAGUCCAUCACUUCUCUCAUCAUGGCUUCUCUAGUCUGCAGUCUCAACAUGCCUUUUGCACCAUUUUGGCCUUCAGCAUCCAUUCAUUCAUUUACGUAUUCAGUCAACGAUUAGGACAACCCUACAUUUGUGUGCUUGUUCAUUGAAAUAAGCCAUGAUACACACACAUUAGCACACACAUUAGCUGGACUUACAUGUACUGACACAGUCUCCGAGGUUUUGACUUAUUUUUUCUUUGCUCUUGCACUUCUUUUAGCAAAUGCAGUAAACCUGUGAAAACAUUUUGCAUGCACACACGACAACAUAACAACUUUAACUGAGUGGACUCUUGCAGCUGGUUCUGCAGAAGGUAUGCCAAAUCUAAGGAAAGAGUGAGAGAAAAAGCCCUAAAAAGAGAGUGUGUGUUUUCAGCUCUGUAUACUGUAUGUGAAAUCCUACACUUAGAGAGUAUUAAUACCUUAAUCAUCUCUCACCGACUGUGUUUUGUCCUGUGAACAUACCAUUUAAAGACUGUGAUGUUUGUGUUUGCGUAGUCGCAUUUGACGUUCUGGCUGCCUGCAAGUGGCUGUAUGUUGGAGAGCAACGCUCAUCCUGUUAGCAAUAAGCUCUAAUAUCUGACAGCAGAACUUAGUCAUGACUUCCUCACUCCACAGAUGCAAUAGCACGGGUGCUAGCAUACCCUCAUUGGACUACAGAGACGGAGCGACUGCGUAUGCAAACUUCACACUGAACACACCUUUGCCUAAGCAAACAUGCUGCCCAUUUCAGAGCAUGUGUGUGUGUCUGCGUGUGCAUCUGUGUGUAUACAAUUGAGGAAGAGCUAUGCAAAUGGCCUGUAUGUAUCCUAUUGGCAGUGUAAAGCUCUUCAGGGUGACCUCCUGGAGACUCUGAAACUGUGACAGAUUGACUUGAGACCUCACUCUGUGUGCGGUGUGCAAGUCCAGGCCAGGGAGGCAAAAUCAUUUUAUUUUUUAGAUCCCACAAUACUUACACACCCUCAUUUCUAUGGAAAAUGAAGCGGAGGGAGAAUACUUGAUUGCCGUCACUGUCACUGGUGUUUACAGAAGCUUUUGCUUUGUUACUUUUUAGAUUGUGUAGUGUUUGCAAUAUAGCUAACCAACCCUCGUCCACUGAGGGCGCUGGCAAAACUGUAUGUCUACAAGAACCAAUCUAUGGCUGCCUUUAUUUUUUUAAUAACUCUUCUAAAUCCAGGUGUGGGUAGGGAAAGCAGACGAGAAAGCAACACGUGAUAAAUCACUGAUUAGCGCUGUUAGCAUGUGGCUAGAAAGUGUCCUCAUGUAAACCUUGGGGUGUUUUGAUCUCAGAAAGUUGGGUGGCAUGCAGCACUGUGUAUUUACAUAGAAGUUGCUAGAGAUAUCCCUUUUCCCGAUUUGUGUGCUUGAAGCUGUCAACUUUGAGUAAAAUAUCCCAAUACUGUAAAUGUAGAGAAAAAAAAGACAAACAUACAGACACUUUCUCCUCACUGUCUGUCCUCUGGCUCUGGUCAUGCAGCUACUUCAUUUCACACUGAUCGCCUUGUAUGCAUUUCUUAACAUGUAUGUUUAAGGGGGAAUAACAUAAGUGAUUGACAAAAUGUUGUGUUCCCACAAUGAAAUAAGAAGUAUAGAGGCUGGACCUCAUUUAUUUAUUUGAUCUUUAAUGGAUUAUUUUCUGUAAGUUUUUAUUUUUCUUGCGGUUGAUGUGACGAUCGAGCAGGUAACAUAUGACAGACUGUGUUAAAUGCACUGAAACCUGUAGUUAUGUGUACUUAUGUGGGAUUGUGGGGUUCAGGUCUGUGUAAACAAGGUGCUGCUCCAUUCCAGACACAGGUUUUGAUGGAAUGGAACAGGACCCGUCACCUGGUGUGUGUUAACCUGCUGAACAGACACGAUGGAGGAAGCCAUUUUGUGUGACGACCACAGGAAGAGCAAGACGCCUAAUCAGAAAACGCAAGCAGCCCCUGUCUUUCACUGAGCACCUCCUUUUAUACUAAUUGAUAAUCAAUGGUGCUGAUCUGUCAGAGCUUCCUGUAAGGAAUCCUCUGUCUCUCUACGUGCUCACUGGAACCAACGAUUUCACCAUAAAUGCUAGUGUCAACAGGCAAAAUAUUCUUCAACUUUAUACGGCUCUUUCACAUUAUUCCAACCUGCAUGUCAGCGAUUGCUUUUGCUUCCAUGUAAGGUUACCCUGGCUCCUUUUCAUCCUGCCAGGUGAAGGUGAAGCUCAUUUGUGUAUUUAUUUUCCUGCAUUAUCACAGACAGGAGCACGUGUUUACCUCUUAGCCAGGCACUCAGGAGGUGCUCAGUGGAAGCCACGGACAGUAGCGGUAUAUGUGUUAAGUUUUCUUUUCCAUGUGUGUUUGAGUGAAAUGGCUCACCUUUCAGAGGUCUGACUGUCCUCCAUGUAGAUUAUAUUAUUUUGUUUUACAGCACUGAGAUGUAGUGCAACCUGGUUGUGAACAACUCACAGGUCCAUUUCUAGGACUUCACACAUACAUGAUGUUCUGUAUAUUAUCAUUUCUGUUUGCAUUGCUUUAAAUUAAAAGCUAAAUGGACAUAUAGUAAAGGCCAAUUCAGGAUUUAAGCAAAGAGGCCCUCUUUAAGUCUGUUUUUUGGGUCUCUACUCCUCAGUGUAGAUUGAGCUGACAACAUAACAAACAAGAUGAUUUUUGUCCAAAAUGGGCUCUCUUCUGCUUUUUAUCCUCAGUACAGGAAAUAGAUUGUUUUCUGUUAAGAGCAUGCUGACAGUCGUGUUCCUGUUACUGUAAAUGGUCUCGAUUCAGGCAAGACCAGGCCUGCUGCUCACCUGAGAGGAUUUAUCAUCCCGUAAUCUCACCUUCUCUGAUCCAUUUUAUGCCAGUUUGAAUGAAGGGACCAAGCUUUGGCCAUCUGACAAAACUGGCAGCCUUAAAGCCUCUUAAUUUAUUGCAGUGUUUUGUUUUGUUUUUUCACUCAAGUUUUUAUUUUUUUUUAUAAGCGAAAAUAUUUAAAUUGAAAAAAGUGCAUAUCAAGAAAAAGGUCAUUGUAAAUAUUGUUGUGUGUAGUGUUUUAGAAGUUCUAUAAGGUCUUAAAUCACUACAGAUGCUAGCAUAAAGAACAAGGCUUUUGGAGGGAUUUGGCUGGAGGUUUUACCGGGUGCCAUUUAAGUGCUAGUAAAGCUUACACUGCGACAUCAAUGGCUUUACAUCACUGCUUCCCUGCACAGCCUUUUUUUAACUAAAGAUAUCCUUAUCCCAUGAAUUUUUAAAAUCCCUCUCUCGAUCUCCGAGGUGCUCUCUCUUUCCGGAGGCCUCCCCUGCACGUUCUAUGUUGUCGCCAUUGAAGAGACAUAUUACGCCAGACAUGGGCAUCAGUCUUCACAUGUUCGUUCACUGUCCUCGUUUCUGCCUGUGAUGUCUCUUUGAUAGUGACAGCAGCGUGGGGUAAGGCGCCGGUCAGAGGAAAGCACUGCAGGAUGCCGAGUGUCAGCCAAAAACACCAUAUGCUUACAAUGCAACAAAACACAGGCACCCAAAACCAGCCACACAAUCCACUCUAAAAUCUACACUGAUUCAUUUUUGUAUGAAAGCUUACUAUUAAUAAAAAAGAAA